UCAUAGAAUGACCCCAAAAACAUUGGAAAAACAAGCGGGAUAUUGGAGCAGUUACACAUUGACUUCCACUUGCAUAAAUAACCUCAGCACAAGCGCUACACCACAACGGCAGACACGAGAGUCUUCUCUCUCGAAGUGCGGGACAAGGCCUCAGCAAUGGCACCAUAUCCAAGUCUGGCACUCUUGCUGAUGUGUUCCGCGACAUGCUGGGGCGGUAAAAUCUUUGUCUACCCCACCGAAGGAAGUCACUGGAUCAACAUGAAAAUUCUGCUGGAAGCCCUUCAUUCUCAAGGCCACCAAAUCACAGUGUUGCGAACCUCAACCAGCUGGUACAUACAUGAGAAGUCUCCCCACUACACCUCCAUUACCAUCGAGGUGAAGCAGUCCAACAACAUCGAGAGCCAGAAUAGCAUGACGUCCUUCCUGGAGAGGUCCAUCGAGAUUCAGCGGCACAAAGGCUCGCUGUGGGCUUUUGUGGAGUUUUACAGGAACAUUUUCAACUUUCUCGAGGAGACCCAUAUAUCUGUAGCCCAUAUGAUGGUCAGCAUAUUUGAAAAUCAAACUCUAAUCCAGGAACUGAAAGAAAGUAGAUAUGAUCUUUGUUUGACAGACCCGGCCUUUGUGGGUGGGGUGCUAAUGGCUCACUAUCUGGACCUCCCCAUGGUCUUCAAUGUGCGCUGGAUUUUUAACGGAGAGGCUCACUUUGCCGUUGCGCCGUCUCCUCUGUCCUACGUUCCUCAACUGUUCUCCCUUUACACGGACAAAAUGGACUUCUUCCAAAGAAUGAACAAUGUCUUCUAUCAUGGUAUUCUGAUCUACAUGCACCAUUUUGUGGCCAACCCGCCUUACCGAGACGUGUGCAAUCGCUACUUAGGAGGGGACGUCAGUCCCAUGUCUCUCAUGCAGGGAGCCGAUAUCUGGCUGAUGAGGGUGGACUUUAUCUUUGAGUUCCCACGCCCCACCAUGCCCAAUGUGGUCUACAUCGGAGGGUUUCAGGGGAAGCCCUCCAAACCUCUGCCGGCAGAUUUGGAGGACUUUGUGCAGAGUUCUGGAGAACACGGAGUGGUGGUUAUGACUCUAGGAACCAAGCUGGGCGACCUGGGUCCUGAGCUAUCUGAGAUCAUUGCCUCUGCUUUUGCCAGCCUCCCUCAGAAGGUCGUGUGGAGGCAUAUCGGGGAGCGACCCACCACUCUGGGAAACAAUACCCGACUGGUGGACUGGUUGCCUCAGAACGACUUACUGGGCCAUCCCAAGACCAAAGUCUUUGUAACACACGGGGGCACCAACGGCAUCUACGAGGCUAUCUACCACGGCGUCCCGAUUUUGGGGAUUCCGCUUAUCUUCGAUCAGCAUGACAACAUGGUGCGGAUGAAGGCCUGGGGAGGCGCCGAGAUUGUGGAUGUGGCGGCUCUCGACGUGGAAUCUUUCACCGCUUCCUUGAGGAACAUUGUCGAUCCCAAGAAGUCUUACAAGCAGAACAUGAUCAAACUCUCCCAACUUCAUCGCGACAGGCCCAUGAAACCCGUUGACACUGCUGUCUUCUGGAUAGAGUACGUCAUGAGGCAUAGAGGUGCCCCACAUCUGCGCACAGACUCCUAUAAGUUACCAUGGUACGCUUAUCACUCCUUGGAUGUGAUCGCUGUCCUUGCGCUCUUUUGUUUUCUACUCGUUGCAUCAAUGUGGGUUUCCUGUAGAUGUCUCUGUAAGCGCUUAGUGAGGUCCAAGAAUUCCACAUUCAAAUCCAAGAGACAGUAAUUCCUGAAAAGAAGCCCCACAAGGAAAGUUUGUGACUUGUCACAUUCACAUUAUGACUUUUGCCAUAAGAGUUGUCUGAAGCUUUGUCCAUGUAUAAAGCUGUAAAUGCAGCUUUUGGAACCUUAGCCAACUUAAUCCAAAUCUUAAUAUCACUAUAUGUAUGCGUGUAGUAGACGGGGGACACCCUGAACCGGUUGCCAGCCAAUUGCAGUAUUGCCUGUGUCAAAUGUGUGUCCGGAUUGCUCUAGCAUGGAAUAUGAAAGUUGAGAAAUUCAAAAGUUAAGAGUCGUCCUCUGCUGGCUGAUUGGGGGAAGUGACA